AUGAAGCGUCUGCUUUCUGCUUGCAAAGAGAUAACUGUUCCAUCGAUAUCCAUGAGUUUUCCUGGUCGAAUCAAUAUGGAGUCGUUUCUGCCACGAAACCGUAAAGAUAAGGUGGUGAUAGUCAUGGGAGCAACUGGAACCGGAAAAUCAAGGCUUUCAAUUGAUCUUGCCACCAAAUUCCCAGCAGAAAUCAUUAACUCGGACAAGAUGCAGGUUUAUAAAGGACUUGACAUCGCCACCAACAAAGUCACCGACGAUGAGUGUCAUGGGAUUGCCCACCACCUUCUCGGCUUUGUUGAUCCUAAUGUCGAUUUCACUGCAGACGAUUUCAGACAUGAAGCAUCGCUGGUCGUAGAAUCCAUUGUCGCCAAUGACAGGAUUCCGAUUAUAGUGGGUGGGUCAAACUCAUUUAUAAAGGCUCUAGUUCACAAUAACAUUGAGUUCCAAUCAAGGUAUUGCUGUUGCUUUUUGUGGGUUCAUGUCUCCUUGCCAGUUCUACAGUCAUUUGUGUCGAAACGUGUGGACCGGAUGGUGCAGUCCGGUCUAGUUGAUGAGAUUCAAAGAUUUUACAACCCGAAAUUAACCAACAGCAAAAUCGGGCUUAGGCGUGCAAUUGGUGUUCCAGAAUUGGAUCAUUUCUUCAAGAAUGAAAACUCCGAAAACCUCAAAGAAGCAAUCAAUAAGAUUAAGGCUAAUACUUGCAAAUUGGCGUCACGCCAGUUGCAAAAUAUUCUAAGUCUGCAGACCCAAAUGGAGUGGGAUUUGCAUCACCUUGAUGCCACCGAAGUUUUCCUUAAACAUGGGUUCGAAGCUGAUGAAGCUUGGGAGCGACUUGUGGCGCGACCAAGUGGUCUGAUAGUUCGCGACUUUCUCUAUGAAGAAAGAGACUUCCCCAAGAUCAUGAACACAAAUUCGGUCAUCACACCUCCUUCAAUGACCACCGCCGUGAAUGCCAUCGCCGCCGUGGCACGCUAG